GGUAUGGAUAUUUUGAGUGGAUCGUCAUGCCUUUCGGUCUCACCAAUGCCCCGGCUACUUUCCAAGCGGCUAUGACGACGAAAUUUUGCAACUUACUCGACCACACCGUGCUCAUUUACCUCAAUGACAUCUUGGUUUAUAGUCGGACGCUAAACGAGCAUCUCGAGCACCUUCGCGCCGUUUUGGAGCGGCUUCGUAUGGCACACUACAAGGCGAACCGCGACAUGUGCGAGUUUGCCCUGCAAGAGCUGGAGUACUUGGGCCAUUACGUCAUGCCACACGGCAUUCGUCCGUUCGCGGACAAGAUACAAGUCAUUCAAGAUUGGUCGGACCUCAAGUGUACGACCGACGUCCGCUCCUUUCUCGGCUUGGCAUCCUACUACAUGCGCUUCGUCAAAGGAUUUCAAUGUAUCGGUGCACCAUUGUCGCGACUGCAGUCCCCCUUGGUGCCUUUCGAGUUCAACAACGAAGCCCGGCAUGCGUUUCACACGCUGAAGACGGCUUUGCUUCAAGCUCCCGUCUUAAGCAUCCACGACGUUCCGGAAGACAUCGUCACCGACCGUGAUACUCGUUUCAUGUCGACCUUUUGGACGACAGUCAUGGUGGAACUGAGUUCCGCACCGCAUCUUCAAACGAAUAUGCAAAUGGAACGUGCGCAUCAAGCUGCGCAAAUGAUGCUCCGCACACUCAUCCGCCCGGAUCAGAAGGACUGGGUUGAUCGCCUGCUCGACAUCGAGUUCGCCUAUAACACUUCGGUGCACCCGGCGAUUGGCGUGACUCCUUUCAAGUUGCACCAUGGUGGACGAAAAGGACGUAUCUUCGCAGACAUUUUGCUUUCACCGGCUGCCGAUAUAGAUGCCACUUGCUCCCCCACUUCUACACGAAAGUACAGGGAACUGUUGGGCAAAGCCCGCACAAACAUGCAAAAGGCUCAGGUGGCGUUUGAGAAGUGUCAGUUUUUCCUUACCACCAUUUCUUUCCUGGGACACGUGGUAACAGACCAGGGACUCCAACCGGAACCGCAGAAGGUGGCAGCUGUCAGGGAUACAGCAGUGCCUACGACUGUCACGCCAGUUCACGACUUUUUGGGUCUGGCCUCAUACUACCGAAGAUUUAUCAAGGGCUUCGCGGCGAUCGCGGGACCCCUCACGAAUUUGCAGCGAAAGGAUCAGCUGUUGAUUUUGACUCCGGAGUGUGACCAGGCGUUUUCGAAACUCAAGGCCGCUCUCAUUUCGGCUCCGGUCCUUAUAAGGCCGGAUCCGGAAAAGCCUUUCAUCCUCAUUACUGACUGGCAGUCAGAGGCAAUUUCGGCGAUCCUAGCCCAAGUGGCACCAAGUGGACUCGAGAGCGUGGUGGAGUAUGCGUCCAAAUCGGUGUCUGCCGGCAAGCGCAACUACGCCGCUCCAACGGGGGAAUGCUACGUGGCACUCUGGGGAAUCAGCCACUUCCGUGCUUACUUGCACGGGCGGAAGUUCACCUUGGUGACCGAUCAGGAGCCCCUGUUGGCUCUGAAGAAAUCGAAGGAUUACUCCGGCAUGAUCGGGCAAUGGGCAACGGUGCUGCAGAGCAUGGACUUUGACAUUUGUCAUCGGAAGCACGAAAGACAUGGGAAUGGGGACGGAUUGACACGACUGCACCGGCCUGAGAAAGUUCCGAAGAGUGAGGAGGUGGUUCCGUGGAACGAACCCAAACAGGAAAUUGGGCCUCGGUACGGCCAAGUGGAGAUCUUGUCAAAGCAAUAUGAUUGGAUCCGAUCGGCUUACGAAGAACAGGCCGCUCAUUUCGCGGUGACGUGGACGCAGACCAGCGAGCAUCCUACAUGGAUCGAGAAUUUGGAGUUGCUGAUCAUACAAGCUUGGAGGACCAACGUAGAGGGCGAUCUUCUCGGCUUUCUCUUUGGAUCGGUACGACCAGGCCGCCGCCAGUUCAUUGUGCAGGAGCUUAUCGCGCCUAUCGUCCAAUUAGCGGACGAUCUCUUGCCCGACAUCAUCUGGCAAAGCGACGACAGCCCUGCCCUGCACGUCCUCACGCGAACGUUGGACUCGUAUCUUCAGUGGAGUGCAUGCUUGGAAGAGCCUUGGGACGAAGACUCUCUACCGUCGCGGCAGGAGUAUUUGAAGCCGUACAGCAUCAUCGAUCCCGCCUUCUAUCCGAAGGCGGAGGAAGUGGUGAUCGACGACGAAGAAGAAGACGACGACGAGGAAACGUCGAAGGAAGGAAGCUAUAGCGAGGACAGCGAGGGAGAAUAGAGCGAGGAGGAGGAGACAGAAGAAGAAGAAGAGGAAGGAACCGGAUCGAAGUGGGAAGCCUUGCCGGAGGAGGCGACGCGUACUGGUACUGAG